AUGCAAGCUGUAAUUAUCCUUAUAAUUGCUGUCAGUGCUUUUGCUGCACCAAAAUGUGCACAAACUAAUGUUGCUAAUGUUGUUAGUGAUUUAAACCCAAAGCAACCAGUGGGAACAAAUGCCCUUGCUAUCGAAAUGUAUAAAAAAGCAUUAUUAAGUGAAGAAGUUAAAAUCCCAACAGAAAAUAGAACUGAAGCUAUUAGAGAUAGAUUAAACAGAAUUAAUAAUUCCACUUCAGUUAAUAAGACUCAAGAAGUUAAUGAACAAAUAGAGAAGAUUAAUGUUAGUAUUAAAACUAUUGAAGAAGAAAGUGCUAAAGUUAAUGCAUCAAUUAUUGAGUCAUAUAAGAAAAUUAAUGAAACACAAAAAACUGAAAAGAUGGAAUUAAAAGCUAAAAUGGAAGAAAUUGCAAAAGAAAAAGCUCUUAUUGAUUCAUUAAAUAAGAAGAAAGAAGAGUUAAGAAAGAAGAGUAUUGAAUAUUAUAGACUUAAAAUUACUGCAGAAAAGAUUGUAGAAGCACAAGCAGAACAAAUGAGAAAUAGAAGAAGAUUUAUUAGAGAUUUAGAAGAGUCUAAAAAAAGAGUUGAUGAAACAAAUGAAGCACUUGAGAAGGUAAAACAAGCAGAACAUAAUAAAAGAAUUGAAGCAAUUAAAAAAACAAAGGAAUAUUUAAAUAAUUUAAGAGGACAAGAUGCUGCACAAGAAAUGAAAGAAAGAGAAGAGAAAUUAAGAAAAGAUAGAGUUGCUGAAGUUAUUAGAAGAAAGAUAAAUGCCCUUAGAAAAUAUAAAUUAGAAAAUCAAAAGAAAGUUGAAGACUUAAAACAAAAAGUACUUGAUACUAAAUUAAAGAAUAAAUUGGAUAUUGAAAAGAAUGAUUAUUUAACUAAAAUUAAAGCUGAAUUAGCUGAUGAAAUUGAUGAAUUGAAAAAACAAAAAACAGCUUUUGAAACUGAGAAAACAAUUGCAGAAAAGAAAAUUGCUAAUGAUAUGAAAAUUGAAAAAGAAAACUUAAAAGCUGCUCAAAGAGCACAAAUUAGAAAGAAUUUUGCUUAUAAAAAUAAUAGAAAAGACCUUGCUAAAUUAAGAAGUGCUGUUUUAAAACAUGAAAAAGAACAAUUAGAAAGAGAUGCAACUAAAAAAAUAUUAAAGAGUGUUAUUAAAUCUAAUAACAAAAAAACUGCUUUAGAUAAAGCUGCUAAUUUGGAUAUUCUUAUGGUUAAAGCUGAAACUGCUAACAAAAAGAAAAUCCUUCAAACUAUUUCUGAUGGAAUUAAAUCCACUCUUGAAACUGAAAAGAAGGCUCUUGAAGGACUUAAGAAUUUAGCUGUUAAAUCUAAAGAAGAAAGACAAGUAUUUAAGACUCAAAUUGCUCGUGACAUUCUUGUAGAUGCUCAUAAUAGACAUUUGGCUGAAUUAAAAGAAAGAAAACAUGAAAUUGAAGAGCUUGUUAAAGAUAAAAUUGCUAAAAGAAAUAGAAAGGCUGCUUUGAAAUUAAAUAAAGCUCAAAGCAAAAUUGCUCUUGCUGGAUUACAAGGAAAAUUAGAUAAAAAAUAUAUUCUUAAAAGACAAGAGGUUGCAUUGAAAAAUGCUAAAGCUUUAUCUGAUGCUGUUAAAGGACUUGUUCCAAAGAAAGGAGAUAAGUUCUUAAAAUUAAAGAACUUCAAAGUAAAUUGUGGUUCAUUAGCUAAAAAGAUGUCUACACCAUGCCAAAAAAAAUAA